GUUUACCUGAUAUUGUGCCCUUGUUUUUAGAAUUCAAAGUCUCGUCACCACCAUUUCUGGCAGUGAUGGAAACCUCUGAAGAUUCCUACGUUCAGGAGGACAGUCGAGCAAGGAAUAGUCGCAACGAAAUUUCAGAGUGUUGGACCGCUAUAAGGCCAGAGGAUGGGAGACCAUUUGUUCCCCUCCUUGGGAAGAUACCUGAAGGCCAGUCUUCUUCUCAGCCUCCGAUGAUUUUGAGUAAUGUUGACGAACACCAAAACCGCUGGAGAGAAAAGCCAUCGCAACGCUUGAUAGAGGCAGAAACAACUUGCCAGCCUGGCUCUGUGUCAACAGACUACGGUUAUCCGACUCCACAAAGUUCUACGGCCUUAACGCUCAUGGAUAAGCCAAGAGCCAGAGAGCCAAGCACUGCAGAUCAAGGGGCAACAGAAGCCAGGGUGACAAGAACCGUGGAGGACACCAGCUCACAGCCCGUGUUACAUGGAGUUACACCAAUGCCAACAAGUUUUGGUAAAGUGGACAAAGUAAGUGGGAUGCUUUGCAGGCCACAUGGUUGGCCUAAUAUUGACCAGCAGGCAAGGAGUGUGGAUGCAAACAAAAGAAAAGAUAUUGGGUCUUCAGAACAACCAAGCCAGAGAUAUUGGGGUCUCUUCCAAUGCUCCUUCUGCAAUUUUGUUUUCCAGGAUCUGUCUGAGCUUUUGCAGCACCAGGAGACCCACAACCAAGAUAAGUUCCAGGGCAUUGGCCACGAGCUGGUUCAGUCAGAUCAACCGGACGAGAUCACAUGUGAGUGGAGAAGAUACCGCUGCAUUGUGUGCGAUAAGAUCUUCUGCAAGCAGUCGUCGCUGGUCACUCACCUACGUAUACAUACAGGCGAGAAGCCAUUCUCCUGCCACGUGUGUCGGAGGAAAUUUAACCAACGCACUAGCCUCACCGUCCACCUACGGACUCACACAGGAGAGGCGCCGUUUCGCUGUACCAAGUGUAGCAAGAGCUUCCGUCAGCAGUCCAAUCUUACCCAUCACAUGAAGAGCCACCAGAGAGCGGAAGAGCUUGAUGGAGGAAACUGGAGCGAAGAGAACAGGGCACCCGGACUUCCUUUGAUGUAUCUGAUAUCUGACGGCAAUGACACCGGUAACGAGGUUUGGGGUACUAAAGGCCCUGUUCUGAAAGGUGGUAAAGAAGAAGAGCCUGCAGCUUGUAAAAGACCCUACGUCUGUGGUCACUGUUUCAAGCGCUUCACGCAUCAGUCCAACCUGAUGGUUCACCAGCGCAUUCACACUGGGGACCGGUCAUACCGCUGCCAGGAAUGCGGCAAACAUUUCACACGGAGAACCAGCUUGAUGGUGCACCUGCGCGGCCACACCGGAGAAAUGCCGUACUCCUGCCAGCAGUGCGGGAAGAGUUUCCGCCAGCAGUCCAACCUUCUUUACCACAUGAAAAGCCACGCGGGACAGACUGACCCGAAAACAGAGGUUUCCAUUGGCAGUCCCAGCAAACAGAUGGUGAAGCUCUGUGGGCAGCUGAUCGGGCCAUCUGGCCAGUACGUUGAGAGAGAAUACUCACAAUUGCUAAACAUCGGCAGUGUUGGAGCAGUAAGAGGGGAAGAUGGACAAGUGAGGGCCUACCAAUGCAACCAAUGCACGAAAUGGUUUCCUACGACCUCCAGCCUCCUUCUCCACCAAAAGCUUCACAUGGAACAGCCAAAUAACAUCAUGCAAUGCAGAGAGAUACAGGUCCAGUAUCCCGUUAAUAGGGGCCUGCCACAUACAUACACAGAGAGCAUGCUGUCUUCUCGACAUGAACUUGAAGGGUUCCCGCAGCCAAUCUUUAAGCUUCCACCCCGUCCGGAGGGGAACAAUGCCCCAGGGGUUCCAAAUAGCUCAGAGCUACAACUUAUCCCCCAGCCGGGAAACAGCACAGAAUAUCAGAGGGUAGGGGCUCCUCCUGCAGAGAAAGCACCGAUAAAGGGCCCCUUCCAAAUUCGUGGAAGAGGAAGGCCAAGGAAAAAUCCUUGCAUAGGUCAAGGCCCCAUGAUGACCCUGCUGACAGGAAAAGCUGUUCAUAAGUGUUGGAAGUGCCCGCGACGUUUCAACAACAAGUCCAACUUGAUUGUCCACUUGCGUAUUCACACAGGGGAACGUCCGUACCAGUGCUGGAAGUGCGAGAAGCGAUUUCGGCAGCAGUCAAACUUGAUCCAGCAUCUCAGGAACCACAGGGAGCUUUUCCAAGAUGAUGAUGUUCCAGAGCAAAGGAAAGAGACACUGAAAGGGCAGGAGACCGGGAAGAACCUUCAGGACAUGAUGAUGCUUCAGCCGCACAGUGUUGGCCAAAGUCGUUGGACAUUCUUUCCUUUCACCGAUGGAAGCCAAAUGAACCAAAGCGGGCAGUUUUUUGAGGCUCCCCAGACCGUAAACCUGAGCGAAAUCUCCACCACCGCCGAGUGCGUCAGUUCAGGGCUAGGUGCCAACUCUCCGUUGGCCGACAGAUCUUUCAAGUGCAGGAGCUGCUUUAAGACCUUCAACCACAAGUCCAAUCUCUUGGUCCAUGAGCGCAUACACUCAGGGGACAAGACUUACCGCUGCCAAGAGUGCGGUAAGCAGUUCAGUCAGCGCACGAGCCUGAUGGUUCAUCUAAGAACCCAUACUGGAGAGAUGCCGUAUGCUUGCCUGCAGUGCCGGAGGCGCUUCCGACAGCAGUCUAACUUACUGUACCAUAUAAAGACCAAUACGGUGCAAGGUCUACUUAAGUGUACCGCAGAACAUCUGCCUAACUCUCCUUCAAUUUCAGGGAUAGAAGCUGGAGGAGAAAGCAGUAUGGGCUCGGAGAUAGAAUCCCCACCUGGACACCCACCCAUGUGGAUGCAUUUGGAAUCCAACCCCAAGAACGGUAUGUCCCCAGGCACCCCGAAUCAGAGCGCAAAGGAGGAGUUCCACUGUCCCGAAUGCGACAAAGUAUUCAUUCACCAAUCAAAUUUGCUGGUUCACCAACGGAUCCACUCCGGGGAGCGGUCAUAUCGCUGCCACGAAUGCAACCGCCAGUUCAGCCAACGCACCAGCCUGAUGAUCCACUUGCGCACUCACACUGGCGAGAUGCCGUACGCCUGCCAGUGCUGCGGUAAGAGAUUCAGACAGCAAUCAAACUUAUUGUAUCACUUGAAGAGCCACGCAGAGCAGGGCACGGUUAUGAAUUCUAUUCCAAGCACAGAUUAUGCAGUUCCCAGAGCAAGAGGCAGGCCAAGGAAAACUGAAUCUAGUGAGGAGAGUAGGGGAAAGAGCGUUAUGCCUAGGGGCAAGCGCACGUACAAGUGCACAGAGUGUCCAAGGCGCUAUAACCUCAUGUCUAACUUGGUAGCGCACCAGAGAUCGCAUGAUCAGCAGCCUCUGUACACUUGCUCAGAAUGCGGCGAGAGUUUUCUGCAGCAAACUUACCUCACCGUCCACAAAAAACUCCACGCUAAGAGGGACGAUCCCGAACUUGGGGGGCAGUAUUGCUGGAAGCCGAGCCAAGAUUUGAUGGACAUCAGAAGUACAGGCAGAGAAGAAGAGAGAGCAGCUGUGUACACACAGCACGAGAAGUAGACAGGGAAAGCCCCGGCACGUGUCUGAAACUCAGGCACGGUCCAAGUCCUAGACCUGAAAAGCAAUAUAUUAAGAAAUAUUAGGGAAAUUCUUCAUAUGAGAGCUGGGGGGGCGUUAAACCAGGACACUAGAGAGUGUCCAGAAAGUUAAUUGGCAACGCUGCAUCUUUAUAGACUGCAGUAAUACCCCAAGCGGUCUUAUUUUCUAAAUCCCGAGUUGCACACAGCGUUCAUUCAUGAUGAUAGAUGGCCUAGUUGAACUUGACCUUAAGUCCACAGGCCUCGGCCACCGAACUCGGCAGAUUCCCUCGGCGGCUUAGACCCUGCCGGCUUCGCUGUGUGAAGCCCGUGAGCAUCGACCGGCUCUCCCGACCGCUUUCAGGACUUUAAGCUUGCGUGGGUUUCGCUCAAGUCCCUGCCAUGCUCAUCGGGACAGAAACAGCCGACUCGGCAGGGUCUCCGUGCGACUUGCCAUCAUCUCUCCAAGU